GAGUUUCUGAUUGGAUGGGACGAGAACAAAAAAAGGCAUAGGAGGAGUGUGAGAAGAGAGUCGAACCGGUCUGGCAAGUUUUACUUUCUCAAACACAAACACACGCGUGCACCAUCUGCCUUGCUUUCUUUCUGCUUUCUGACACACAAACGGCAUUACUGACUGAAUCCUGUCCUACGUGACUCAAAGGGGAAGCCGCGGCUGUCGAGUGUCCUGAAACAGACGCAGACGGGAUCAUGUAGAGACAUGUCUGUCCCUGGAAUCUGUAUUAAAAACGUGAAUCCAGUGUCUGCAAUGCAUUAAUGUGGAAGUAAACCCUGCCUGCAAGACUACUUACAAGCAAAUAAGUACAGAAAAAAAGAAACAGCUGAAGUUUUUCAUUUCCAAGGAUGUCAACUGACACACUUCAGCCAUCUUCACGGAGAAUAAUAAGGCUUGCUGUAACUCCUGGCACUCCAAGUCGCAACCCAGAGUCCAGCUGUCCAGACAAAUCAUCUCCAGGCAUACGCAAACCAAGUGCGGUGGAACGAUUGGAAGCAGACAAGGCCAAGUACGUCAAGAGCCAACAGGUGGCUUUGAAGAAGCAGCAGCCAGUUAUUUGUCCAGCCAACAACAGCCAAAGUGGACAAGGUGCUCAACAGCCAUCAAGGAAGAUUCCUGCAAGACCAACAAAGUCUGAGACGCCACCUCUUAACCUAGAACAUCUCUGCAAGUUGAUCAAUGGAGUCAGCGAUGCCACCGCUCCAGUCGUAUCUAUGCAGCCCAACAACAAAGACAAAGAUGCUGCAGUUCCAUGCAAGGCCACCCCUUCAACAGUGGAGGAAUCUUCUCCGACCCCAACUUCAGCAAGUCAAGGAAAAGCUCCAGUAGAAGUCAGGGCGAGCGGGUGUGCUACCACGACAGUUCGGAGAGUCGACGUCAGGCCACAGUUACCUCAGAUGAGGAUGGCUGGUAGACAACAGCUACAGAACCGGCCUCCGGUGCAACAGACCACACCUCAGGUCCCAAUACAUCUUCUGCGCCUGCUUAGGCCGUACAUACAACCAAAUAAGCAACCAAUUGAUUUCAAAAGGCUCCAUAAUGCCACACAAACAAACGCCUCUCAAGGACCUAUUAAAACGCCAAACUCUGCUGAGCAAACCUCACCGUCUUCCAAAUCUCCAACCGGCCCACCUCUACCCCUCUCCAUAAAACCAAUCACAGAACCAUCAUCAUGUCCCUCACCAACCCCACUUACUCCGAACUCCGUCGUCUCGCUUAAAAAUGACUUCCAGUCGCCGCCAUCUCCAGCCAUCACCCGCCACUCCUCAACAAGCUCCAGGAAGCGUCCGUCCCUGACGCGCUCAAAAUCCGACGUCAGCGACUGCUUUUCACGAGCAGGAGCAGAACUUGAGCGCUUCUUUAAUUACUGUGGUCUUGACCCAUCAGAUUUAGACGAGCUAACGAGACCGGGUUCUGACAUCGUGUCCGUUUCCCGUCUACGUAGCGCUAGUGCGCCGACCUCCGAGCGUCCGGCCGAAGGCGAAGACGAGGAAGAAGAAGCAGCAAAAGACGAACGCCCUGUUUACGGAGUGUCGGUCAUUGAGAGAAAUGCUCGAGUGAUCAAGUGGCUUUAUGGGAUGCGUCAGGCCAAAGAGAGUCCCAAAGUGGCCGAUAUGUAACCUGUAACGAUCAAGGAACUAACGAACAACCAUUAUUCAGACUGAAAUGAAAUGCAAAAUAUGCUGUACAAAUUGCUUUCUUCCCAGUUCAGUGUUUUGUUUCCUAUCUGUAUAUUUUAGAGUUGUCUUGUGGAAACUUGUGUGUGUGUCAUAUGAAAUAUGCUUGUAGCCACGUGUUCUCAAACAAUAGCUAAGCAUGCAUGGUUAUGAUGACCACCAAUAAACUCUUAAAAACCA